GAUCAUGAUAGGAAUGUUCAUUCGAAGUCAAGUUUAAUUCAUAGUGAUUUGUGAAUCUUAUUUUUCGCAAAGUGAAGUAAAAAUUAAACUGCUUAAUCGCACUUCCAAAGCCAUCUCCUGUGCCAUGAAUGCGUUUACUUACACUUUGUUCGUGUAUUUGAAUGCAGGAUAAAACAUCGGAACGCAAGUAGGAGAUGCGAAAAUUACUGAUAAAGGAUAGGCAAAAUUUGUGCUUACUGGAAAAAAAUAAUCGAUAAUUGUGUUAUGUGUGACCUAUUCUCCUAGAACUUCAGUGAAAAGUGUUUCUUUUCAAGCAACUUAGCAGUUUAUCGUAACGCAGGAGCUAAAAUACUUGAGAUUCAGUUCAGUUUUGAGAAAAUUCGAAAAAGAAAACACCCACUUUACGACGGGCGGAGCACCAGCACAUAACACACUGAUAGCAAUUUGUUUAAUAACCCAGAACUUAAUCGUCUAAAAGAAUCAUGAAUGCUGCCGACCCAUUUGUGAUAACUUCACGUGAGAGGUUCAAGUAUGACGAACAGUUUAAAAGUUUGCAGCCAAUCGGCGGAGUAGUAACCGGAGCGCAGGCCAAGGGAUUCUUCCUGCAGAGUCAGCUUCCGCCGAUGGUUUUGGGACAAAUUUGGGCCCUAGCGGACACAGAUGCCGACGGAAAAAUGACAUUGGGUGAAUUCAGCAUCGCGUGCAAAUUAAUUAAUUUGAAGCUUCGUGGAUUCGAGCUGCCAAAAACAUUACCACCCAGCUUGAUAGCAUCGUUAACCGCCGUUGGUGGUACACCCACUCUGACCCCCACUUCCGGACUCAGUCCGCUGGAUCCAUUAAAAUCCCUUGGCAAUUCGAUUUCAACCAUGCCGCCCCCCAUUCCUCAGCAGCCGGCAAUUGUUCCGCAUGCUGUUCCACAUGCCAUCGUGCCCCCUAUGAUGAACAAUCAGAUGCCUGCCAUGGUCCAGCAGCCAUUGAUUUCCGGUGCUCCAGCACGGCCAGCCAUUCCUCCACAGCCAUUAAUAGCAGCCGCUCAACCUCCGUUGAUUCCGAUGCAACCUCUGAUUCCAGCUACUGGUGCGAUCCCACCGAUGAUGCCUGCACAACCUCAGCAACCUCUAAUUGGAGGUAUAGGAGCCCCAAGCAUUGCUCAGUCAGCUGGUGUAGGAAUCGUUAAACCAUUGAUUGAUCCGAUUGGCGGCGUCACGAGUCCGCCAUUAAUAGCUGGUGUACAACCAAAUAUGCAGAUUCAGCCGGGAAUGGCAGGGAUCGUUCCUGGAUUAGUACAUCAACCGGUAGUUGCACCAGCCGCAGUUCCGGCUCCACCCACUCCUCCGCACUCAGGGGGUGGAACACCACAACGCACAAUGUCCAUUUCAGAGCGAGCACCAUCUAUUGAAUCUCCGCAAUCCGAGUGGGCCAUCAAAGGACCAGUCAAGCUGAAAUACACUCAACUCUUCAACACCACAGAUCGCAAUCGCUCAGGCUAUCUAACUGGGCCGCAAGCUCGUAAUAUAAUGGUUCAAACCAAACUACCACAAGGGAUUCUAGCCCAGAUUUGGGCCCUUUCCGACAUUGACGCUGAUGGCCGACUUGGCUGCGAGGAGUUUGUUCUCGCCAUGUAUCUUUGCGAUCAAGCUUUGCAGGGUGAAAAGAUUGCUCCCACGCUUCCUCCCGAGUUGAUUCCACCAUCUUUCCGAAAAACUAGCUCGCGACAUGGUUCCGUUGUUGGCUCCAGGCAUGGUUCAGUAUCCUCGCAGGGAGGAACACCAGCGCAUGGGGCGCCUGUCGAAGCUGAUCCUCUUUCCGGGUUACCUCAGUCAUCAUUCGAGGAUAAACGCAAGGAAAACUUUGACAAAGGUCAAGCUGAACUUGAGAGACGACGCAAAGCAUUGAUGGAUAUUCAGAAAAAAGAACAAGAGGAACGUGAGCGAAAAGAGCGCGAGGAACAAGAGAAGAUCCGCAAAGCCAAGAUGGAAGCCGAACUAAAAAAGCAGCAAGAGUUAGCAAAAGAGCAACAGCGACAGCAGGAAUUGGAGCAAGAACGUGAGGAACAGCGCAAACGAGAACUUGAGAAGAAAGAACUGGCAAGGAAGGAAAUGGAGAAACAACGCCAGCAGGAAUGGGAGGCACAAAAGAUUUCGGAGAUGCAAUUACAGCGCCAGCGUGAGCAAGAAAACGUGCUCAAAUUGAAAGCUCAAAACCAAUCGUUGGGCGUCGAGUUGAGCACCUUCAACGAAAAAAUCAAGGAACUUUCCCAAAAAAUAUGCGAUACGCGUGUUGGAGUUACAAAUGUAAAAAGCACCAUCGAUGGAAUGCGCACGACCAGAGAUACGCAAAUGAGUGACAUGGCCCAGCUAAAGGCUAAAGUUAAAGACCAAAACCAACGACUGGUUCAACUUAGUCAAGAAAAGGCGAAGAUGGAUGCCAAAAAUAAAACUGGUGAAACUGAAAGUCAACUACAGUUCUCGAACAAGCAGAUUAUUAUACAGCAAUUGAAAGAUAAAUUAGAAAAUACGAAGCAACAAAUUGAGAAUAAGACUACUGACAUAAAAAUCAAUAGUGAACAACUUAAAGAGCUGAAAUCUCAGUUAACCGACUUGAUUGACUCAUGUGAGAAAUUAUAUCUGGAAUAUGACGUGCAGCGGAUUCAGAUUCUUGAAAUGAAGAAUAAUCGUAAAAACGAAUCUUAUACUAGCGCUUGGGAUACUAGUAACUCCUGGCCGGUGGAUACAGUUCCUGCAGCAGCGGAACCGGUAUUAACGAACGAAGCUGUCAUAACUCCUCCCGGUUACGUUAAGUAUCGUGCUAUCUACGAGUUCAGUGCACGAAAUGCCGAUGAGAUUUCAUUCCAACCGGGUGACAUCGUAAUGGUACCUCUGGAACAAAAUGCAGAGCCUGGGUGGUUGGCAGGGGAGAUAAAUGGCCACACUGGAUGGUUUCCCGAGUCGUACGUAGAGAAGGUUGAUACCAAUCUGAACACUGUAGUAGCACCGGCUGUCGCACCGGUGGCGGAAACAAUUGCCUACACCGAACCGGUCGCUGCUACACCAACUACCACCACCACUACCUACACAGCCCCCAGCGAAGUAGAAGGUACGUCAGUAGCGGAAAUGAACAAUGAAUACGUUAGUAGUAGCACUGGAAAUAAUAAUACUGAUGAACAAUUUGCAGCGACUUACAAUGGCGAUGUCGAAUACUAUGUUGCCUGCUACGCUUACCAAUCGGCGGAGGCGGACGACCUGGUAUUCGAUGCCGGUGAGGUCAUAGCUGUCAGCAAGAAGGAUGGUGAUUGGUGGACGGGUAAUAUUGGCAAUCGCACUGGUCUUUUCCCCUCGAAUUAUGUACAAAAGCAGGAAUCUGUAAGUAGUGCAAUAGAAAGCAGUAGUAGCGCUAGUGUUGUAGCAAACGAAAACAAAGAGGUAAUAAACGGUAAUCAGACUUACAAUCAACAGCCAACACAAGCCGAAUCAAAGCGAAAGGAAUCAACUAGCCAAGAUGCCGAGGAAGCCAGAAAUCAGGCUGAAGCGGACUCGGAGGUGUCGCAAAUCAAUACUCAACCUGCUCCACCUCCAGCAGCGAACGAAGAAAACAUUCGCUACUCGUCAAUGUCGUCGGCCACACCCAGCUUGCGGAAGAAAGGCGAAGUUGCACAAGUUAUUGCACCAUACGAGGCAACCAGCUCAGAACAACUGUCCCUUACACGUGGUCAGCUUAUUAUGAUCAGAAAGAAGACUGAUUCCGGCUGGUGGGAGGGCGAGCUACAGGCCAAAGGAAGGCGUCGACAAAUCGGUUGGUUCCCUGCGACUUAUGUUAAAAUUUUGCAAGGAGGACGUAACAGUGGCCGUAACACUCCAGUAUCAGCAAGCAAAGUGGAACUCACUGAAACAAUUCUCGAUAAAGUAAUAGCUUUAUAUCCAUACAAAGCACUGAAUGACGAUGAGCUAUCAUUUGAAAAAGAUGACAUUAUUAGUGUACUCGGUAGGGAUGAACCAGAAUGGUGGCGCGGUGAGUUGAACGGCACCACUGGACUCUUUCCCAGCAACUACGUGGGUCCGUUCGUAACGUCAGGUAAGAAAUCUUCCGGUAUCGGUAGUUAACAACGAGUGACCGGCGCACCGUAAAUGCUUGGUAUCCGACGACUGAUUUAGAGCCAGAAUACGCAACAGAGCUGUAGUAGAUUGCAUUUUUGCCUGAUUUGCUUCCCACUUCUAUAUUCUAUAUGAGCAGAACUUUUUUCUGCCAGUAAUUGUUUAUAAUUUAAUGUGACUGUAUUAUGUUCUACAACCGUUUAUGUUUGAUGUAUAGUACCAGCUCUUUCGGUAUAAAACACGUAU